AUGAUUCGGACACUGUUACUGAUUACAAUCUUUGGAGUAUUAGCUGCAUACGUGUUCAAAAUUAUGCUUGUACUGGACGUAAACAAAAGAGUUUACAAUCACCGACCCGGCUACUGCAGGAAAGUAGAUGGAAUCGAACACGGUUCUGAGGACAUAGCCCUCAUAGAAGAGGAAGGCAUUGCAUUUGUGACUUCAGGAAUCUACUACAUCCAACCUCGAGCGGAGUACGUCAAAGGUAGAAUCUUCCUCUACGACUUCAAACAGAAAGGCACAUUCAAGGCUGAACCAGUGGUUAUCAAUGGAGAAUUCGAUCGAAAACAAUUUCAUCCCCAUGGCAUUUCACACAUAGUCACAUCCAAAGGCGUUAUUCGACUUUUUGUCAUUAACCAUUCCAAGGACUUCAAGCAUUCAGUGCUAAUUCUUGACUGGAACAGUAAAACUAGACAGCUUGACUUGGUCAGAAUUAUUGCGGAUGAGAAGUUUAUCAGACCCAAUAAUCUAGCAGCAAUCUCGGAAGAUGCUUUUAUUCUGACAAACGAUGGAUGGGCACAAACAUCAACGUUGAAUUUUCUUGAGAUGCUGUCGAUGAUACCCACCGGAAACAUUGUUUACUACGACGGGAAGGUAAGUUCCUGGCUUUUGCCGAAGGCCACUUCGCCCAAUGGAGUGGCUUUCGAUCGCGAACGCAAACAUCUUUUUGUUUCCCAUUUCAACGACGAGACAGUGUCCGUUUACGAAGUGGAUAAGGGCUACAAGUCUCUUACGAAAGUUGCUAACGUCCACUUGUUGACAUCAAUGGAUAAUCUCUAUGUUGAUAAGAAUGGAGAUGUGUGGACGGGAGCUCAUCCAGUCUUAAAAGACGCAUUUGGACAUCUGGGAGAUUGCGACGAUCCCAGCAAACUCGCACCUUCUCAGGUGCUGCGAAUCAAAUUCUCGAAAGGCUUUAAGUCAUGGGAAAUUAGCGAGCCAUUCCUUGACGAUGGACGACUUAUUUCUGCAUCUUCUAUAACAAUUCCAUUCGAAAACCAACUACUCAUUGGAUCUGUAUGUAGAGAACUCGUGCACUGUUAUACGACUCCAGAAACAGUGUAA